GAAAUACGCUCGCCUGGAAAAGUGAAUUUCGCAAUCCGCUAGCCAGGCGGUAUAUAAAGCUCGAGCCUGCGUUGGGUCGUCAUUAGAGAUGUGAUCUUUAACAGACAGGCGCAAAGCGCUCGAGUUUAAUUCUUACAAAUCCGCAGGCACUUCGGGACGAAAAACACCAUAAACAUGGUGAUCCUGACAACCGAGCAGAAGAUGCAAGUGAUGGAGCGGAGAGACAACAUCCGUAACAUCUCCGUCAUCGCCCACGUCGACCACGGCAAGACGACCCUGACCGACUCCCUGCUGGCACGUGCAGGGGUGAUCUCAGGCUCCCAGGCAGGGGAGAAACAUGCGACAGAUACACGGGCUGAUGAACAGGAAAAAGGCAUCACCAUCAAAUCAACCGCCAUUUCCCUGUUCUAUGACGUCGACGUGGACACAAUGUCGCAUGUGCCGGGUGUCAACGCUGACGGCGACAACUUGUUUGUUGUCAACCUCAUCGACUCCCCUGGUCACGUGGACUUCUCAUCUGAAGUGACGGCAGCGCUCCGAAUCACCGACGGCGCAAUGGUCGUUGUUGACUGCAUCAGUGGUGUGUGUGUCCAGACCGAGACUGUCCUGAGACAGGCGUUGGUGGAGAGGAUCAAGCCGGUGUUAAUGAUGAACAAGCUGGACCGGGCGUUCUUCGAGACGCAGCUGGCACCGGAAGAACUGUACCAGACGCUCAGGAAGAUUGUUGAGGAUGUGAACGUCAUCCUUGCAACGUACGAAGACUCCAUGUCCAUCAUGGGCGACAUGACGUUGAGUCCAGCCAAAGGUAACGUCUCCAUGGGCUCCGGCCUGCAGGGCUGGGGGUUCAACCUGCGGCAGUUCGCCCGGAUGUACGCCAAGAAGUUCGGUGUGAAGGAGGAGAAGAUGAUGUCCCGCCUGUGGGGAGACAACUUCUACGACCCAACGACCAAGAGGUGGCGCUCCGAAAAGGGAGAGAAUGGAGAGAGGGGUUUUAACAAGUUCGUGGUGGAACCUUUGUUCAAGGUUCUGUCUUUGGCAAAGGCUGGAGAGAAGGAGCAGACGAGAAGUCUUCUGGAGAGGCUUAACGUGAAGGUCAAGGCCGAAGACAUGGAUCUGGAAGGUAAGGAGUUCAUGCGUGGCAUGAUGAAGAAGUGGCUUCCAGCAGCCGACGCCAUGUUGGACAUGAUCCUCACCCAUCUGCCGUCCCCGGUGACAGCUCAGAGAUACAGGACCGCAGUGCUCUACGAAGGACCGCAGGAUGAUGUUGUGGCGAUUGGAAUGAAGAACUGCGAUCCUGAGGCACCCCUGAUGCUGUAUGUGUCCAAGAUGGUCCCGUCUACAGACAAGGGCCGCUUCUACGCCAUAGGCAGGGUGUUCUCCGGCCGGACCUUCACGGGCCAAAAGGUUCGCAUCAUGGGCCCCAACUACAACCCUAACGCUGAGAAGAAGACCGACUACUACGACAAGAACAUCGCCAGCACUGCUAUCAUGAUGGGUGGAGCUGUUCUCCGUGUGGACAGUGUGCAGUGCGGCAAUCUGGUGGGGCUGGUCGGCAUUGACAAGUAUCUACUGAAGACCGGCACAAUCACCACCUACAUGCAGGCCCAUCAACUCAAGGUUCUGAAGUUUUCCGUGAGCCCGGUGGUGCGUGUCGCCGUUGACGUGGUCAACCCCGCCGACUUGCCCCGCCUGGUGGAGGGACUGAAGCGGCUGUCCAAGGCUGACCCUAUGGUGCAGUGCAACUCGGAGGAGGGGCAGCACAUCGUGGCGGGUGCCGGGGAGCUUCAUCUCGAGAUCUGCCUCCAGGACCUGGAGAAGGACUACGCCUGUGUCCCGAUCACGAAAUCUGACCCUGUUGUGAGCUACCGGGAGACGGUGAGCGCAGAGUCGGACAGAGUGUGUCUUGCCAAGUCCUCCAAUAAGCUGUGCCGGCUGUACAUGACUGCAGCACCAUUACCGGAAGGACUCGCUGAAGAGAUUGACGAGAACACGGUAACAGCAGUCCAGGAAAGCAAGGAACGUGCGCGUUAUCUUGCCGACCAUUUCGACUUUGACCUGAACGAGGGAAGGAAAAUCUGGAGUUUCGGCCCCGCCGGAAGUGGCCCCAACAUGCUUGUGGACAAAUCACGAGCAGUGCAGUACUUGCAGGACAUCCGGGACAGCGUGGUGGCCGGCUUCCAGUGGGGGUCGUCAGAGGGUGUUCUCUGUGAAGAGACGGUACGUGGUGUCCAGUACAACAUCGUGGACGCCAACAUCCACCGUGACCCAAGUCACAGACGUGGAGGUCAGAUCAUACCCGCCGCAAGACGAUGCAUGAUGGCCGCCAUGUUGACAGCCAAACCGAGGCUGCUGGAGCCCAUGUUUCUCGUCAGUGUCGAGUGUAACGAGUCAGUGGCCGGCUCCGUUUUCAAUGUGCUAGCCAAGAGACGAGGUCUGAUUGUUGAAGAGAUCCAUCAUCCGGGCAAUCCAACGUGCACCAUCAAAGCACACAUGCCUGUCAAUGAGUCUUUUGGUUUCACCAGUGCGUUGAGGGCCCACACAGGUGGACAAGCAUUCCCACAAUGCCUGUUUGACCACUGGCAACUACUACCGGGUGACCCGACUGACCCAACGUCACGGGCUGGACAGGAAGUGUUGGACAUCCGCUCGAGGAAACAGAUAGCUGCCUCGAUACUGCCUCUCGAGAACUAUUUGGACAAACUUUAAACUUUUAAAAAUAUUUGGUCAUAUUUAACACAGCUGGGGAACAGGUUCUGAACUUUUUGUUGAUAUAUCCUGAACGGUUUUAGAUUCUACACGUAUUAAGGGACCGGUCAUUUAUUACCUUAAGGGGAGAGGAUAAAACUAGGUAUGAUAGUCUCUCAGGGAGGGUUGUGAAAAUAAUACCUAAAUCUGGGGAGGGUCAUCCAAAAAUAUGGUAAGCAUCAAGGGGGGGGUCAUUAUUUUCAGUACAUUAGAACAUCAGAAACUGACACAACAUCCUCCUCAACCACAUCCCAUAAUAAAUAAUCGGUCCCUUAUUUAAUGUACAAAUAUGUACACAUGUAUCGGAAAUAAUUUGUGAUCGAUACGUUUUCUUCUUUGUUAUCUUUAAAGUAAAUCUUAAAACGUAAUAGAGGAAGGAAAAACUGAAGAUCAACUGAGAAACAUGCGGUGUAACUAUGUUCACAUCGCUAUAUAAAACAAAACAUUAUGCAUAUUUCAGUUUAACUCUCUUCAUACUUUUCCAUUUUUCGUUAAAACUGUUUUUUAUUAUCAGUUUUACAUGGGGGUUUAGAAUUGAACUUCCGUUUUGUGAAGGGAAAUUUUAAGAUGCUGUGUUCUAAUUUUUGUUAAACUCUAUGUUCCUUGCUGUGAAUGAGACCAAAUCCAAAAUGUGUGAUUUUCAACGGAAAAGUGUACGGUCAAUGUUAGGGAUAUUUCUGAAAAGAAAUAUGAUAAGAAAAUAAAAACGAUAUAAACAGUA